AUGGUUUAUAUGGUUAGGAUUGGUACCUUUGAGGAGACUUUGUUGGUCCUCGAGGAGCAAUUGAGAAGAAGAGUCUACCUGGUUUUAUUUAAAUACCUCAAUCCGUCAAUGAUCCUACUCUUCCGCUCAUCAUCCUUGAAUCACCCUGUCUUGCUUCUAUCCCUAGGGGGCAGUGUCGAGAACGAGUUUAGGAAGGGAUGGGCGUUCAUGGUGUCGGAGGCGUGGACGGAGUUGGUUCACCUUCAAAAUCCGUUUUAUCGUAACUCUGAGGAAAAGGCUAAGCUAUUAGUGCAACCGCUUGACAAACAAGGGCUCGAUUCGCUCACUCUGUGCGACUCCAAGAUCAAGAAAGUUGAUGUCGAAGCGUGCAACCAGGAAUACGCCAUGAGGCGGUCAGACAAGGCUCAGUUGGGGCGCAGAGUUCAACCUGAAUGGAAAGCCCAAUUGACUAACAAGCAAGAGAAGACACAAUUGCAUCGAACGAGAAAUGCGCUAGCAGGUCCAGAUGAACGGACGCACAGGAUGAGACUGUUUGGGGUUAAUAGAGGCCUUCAUCUCCACGUGUUGUUUCGACGUCUCGUUCCGCUGCCCACCCGGAGCAAGAAGGAACGGGUAGCGCUGUCUCGCCUUACGGCGAGGAAUGAGACCUUUGAUGUUGGCUUGCCUCAAGACGAUGUUUUGAGGCCAGAACGGUUCAAGGAGGAGUCCCCCGGAUUUACGGUCGCAUUCGAUCCGGGGAGGAUGCAAAGUUUUGUGGGUCCUAGUCAUCUCCAGGAUGGAGGGAGAUUGAACGGAGUUGGGCAAGGAAGAGAUGUGUACAUAGUUGAGAGGACGUUUCCGCUGACAGCACGAGCACAAAAAAUAGCCGCUGGGGCGUUUUAUGAUUGGGACACCAUGCCGCGUUGGGUCCAUGCUCUCAGCCUGCCCCUCGUUCUCUCGCCUACCAUCCCACAGUUCGCCUUGAGACUCGAGGGAAGCAGCAUGGAAGAUGAGGAGAUGUUCGUGCUGACCUACACAAACCCUAAGAUAGCCGCUGCAGGGCCUUCUGUCAUUGGCUCCGCGUCCCGCGCUACGCUUUGCUUCGACUGCAUAUGCCCACCUCCCGGGUGGUGCCCAUUCACAUCUCUUGGUCAAUACAACGACUUCCAGUCUAUUUUGAAGAGGAAUUGA